AUGUCUUCAAAGCAAGCUAAUAAGAAAAACAAAUGGGCACUUAAUUUUAAUACGAACAAAAGUGAUGAUUUACCCUCACCACCAGGAUAUAAUCCGUCAACAUUGGUUAAUCAAACGGAAAUAGUACGUGACCAGCGUUUAGUUAUUAAAAAAUCAUGGGAUCUCGCACUAGCACCUCUGAAACAAAUACCUAUGAACCUAUUUAUUAUGUAUAUGUCCGGAAACUCUAUAUCUAUAUUUCCAAUAAUGAUGGUUGGAAUGAUGCUGAUUAGACCAAUUAAGGCAAUGCUAUCUACACAAGUAACUUCUAAAAUGGCUGAUGGGGCACAGGGUAGUGGGCAGAAGUUGGUUUACUUUUUGGGAAACUUGGCAAAUGUUGCAUUAGCUUUAUAUAAAUGUCAUAGUAUGGGCUUGUUACCGACACAUUCUUCGGAUUGGCUAGCUUUUGUAGAGCCGCAAACUCGUCUCGAGUAUUAUGGUGGAGGUGUUUCGUUUAUAUGAAUUCGAAAUUAAUAAAGUAAAACAAAUAGUAAAAA